GGGCUAACAGAGGAUGUCCACUAACUUGCCAUAAAUAGCUAAAAUAGCCUACUCAAUGAUAUCACAACCUUGUUCCUCUUUCUAUUCCUCACUUUCUCACCCCUAAUUUCUCUGCAAACGUAAUUCUUCAAUUGGAUUGCAUAAAGAACAACAACGUUUUGCUGGACCCCAAAACCAAACGGAAAACUGAAAUCAUUGAUUUUUAAACGGUGGGAAGGCUAGCCACUUUUUCAAUCUUUAGAGGAGGAGAAAAAGAUGAGUCCACUGCAAGCGGCGGAGGAAAACGAGACGCUAGUUGAAGCGGCGUUGCGGGUCUUGAACACUGCCGACCCAUUCGAAAAGGCUCGACUCGGGGAUUCUAUUGCGUCCAAGUGGCUCCAAGGGAGCAUUACCCGUCCAUACGACCCGUCUCUGGACCCUCCGGUACCAGAUCGUCCAGCCAGACUCACAAAUGUUAAGUUGGUAUCACCCAGUUUGAUGCCGAAACUUGGGAAAGCUGGUAGCUUGCAGAGCAGGCAAGCCAUCGUGCAUAGUCUUGUACACACCGAGAGUUGGGCAAUUGAUCUGUCUUGGGAUAUAAUUGCUCGAUUUGGUAAGCAAGAUUCAAUGCCAAGAGAAUUUUUCACGGAUUUUGUGAAGGUAGCUCAAGAUGAAGGCAGGCACUUCACUCUUCUUGCAGCUCGGCUUGAGGAACUAGGCUCCUCUUAUGGAGCUUUACCUGCUCAUGAUGGCCUUUGGGACUCAGCCAUGGCUACCUCCAAGGACCUCUCGGCACGUUUAGCUGUGGAGCAUUGCGUCCAUGAGGCAAGGGGACUUGAUGUGCUUCCCACAACAAUCUCUCGAUUUCGAAAAGGAGGGGAUAAUGAGACAGCCGACUUACUGGAGAGGGUAGUUUACCCAGAAGAGAUUACUCACUGUGCUGCUGGAGUGAAGUGGUUUAAGUACCUUUGCCUGAGGUCUACAAAUCCAGCCUUAUAUCGGGAAAGCCUGGCAUCAGAAGAAAAGGAAGCAGGAGAAAGCGAAUCUUCAAUGGAGGAGAAUGAAGAGGUGAUUCAGAAGUUCCAUGCUGUAGUAAGGACGCACUUUAGGGGACCAUUGAAACCACCCUUUAACGAGAAGGCAAGAAAGGCUGCUGGAUUUGGCCCUCAGUGGUAUGAACCGCUUGCUGUUAAAGAGUAGAGUCUGUUACAGAUUGUCGAUCCUGAAUUCAAUUUUCAAGUGAAGAAUGUUAUGCUAGUUAUAUCUGCUGUAUCUGAGCCUCCAAGUCAGUUAAACUUCUGAACUCCAACAAGACUAAGCCUCACUUUUACAGGCCAUUAGAUCAUCGGUAGUUGUAUGGUAAAUGUCUCUGAUCAAAUCCUAAAGCAGAGCUUGGGAUAGAAUUUUGAUUGAUUGCUUUCCUUCAAGUUUAUAUUACAAUUAUUUGUUUCUUUGCUUGGUUUUGCUUCUGCAAGUGCGCCUUUGUUUCUUUCUUUUUUUUGUUCCUGUAUUGAAGCAAGUUUAUAUUACAAUUAUUUUUUUCUUUGCUUGGUUUUGCUACUGCAAGUGCGCCUCUUUUUCUUUUCUUUUUUUUUUUUAUUCUGUAUUGAAGCAAGUUUAUAUAGGAAAAUAAAAUCUUGAUUUUGAUUCUAUGAUGCAUUUUCUAAUAUGGAAGUCUAGAUUGUAUAUAAUAAGUUGAUUUUGACAAU